UCAUUGUCCAUUCCAUUGUAUUUGUUUAUGGUAUACUAACCAUGGCGGGUCACGUAGGUGGCGGUGGUUUUACUAAUGAAAAUAUACAAAGAUAUAACAAUGAAAGACGAAGUAGUAAACAGUGGGUUAAACUUAAUGUUGGUGGUACAUAUUUUCUAACAACCAAAACUACUUUGUCUAGGGACACUAACUCAUUUUUGUAUCGAUUAGUGCAAGAAGACAGUGACUUAAUUUCAGAUAGGGAUGAAACUGGAGCCUAUUUAAUAGAUAGAGAUCCUACGUAUUUCUCUCCAGUACUCAACUACUUACGGCACGGAAAGUUGGUCAUCAACAAUGACAUUGCUGAAGAGGGGGUUUUAGAAGAAGCAGAAUUUUAUAAUAUAACAGAGCUUAUUAAGUUAGUAAAAGAACGAAUAUCUCAAAGAGAAACAGGACCUUCGAAAGACUCCAAAAAUCAUGUGUACAGAGUCUUACAAUUUCAUGAAGAAGAGUUGACGCAAAUGGUUUCCUCUAUGUCUGACGGUUGGAAAUUUGAGCAAUUGAUAAAUAUUGGAUCUCAAUAUAAUUAUGGUACUGAAGACCAUGCUGAAUUCCUGUGUGUGGUUAGCAGAGAAUGUGGUAACAAUCCAAAUAGCAAUGACAUAGAACCUACAGAUCGAGCAAUGGUUCUUCAACAAAAGGGCUCAAGAAUUUGAAAUUACACUUUUGAAGUAGCAAUACUGUAAGUGAUAAUUAAGACAUUUUAAGUGUAAUAUUGUACAUAAUGUUGCAUGAACUUUAUGUGAAAGUGUUUUUAAUUCUUACAACUUUAAGUAUGCAUUGCAUAAAUUCAGUUAUAUGAUUUUACAGCUUUAUAUAAAUUUAUUCUGCCAAAGUGAUGAAUGAUAUUGUCUUUUCAAUAUUAUUAUUGUCCAAAUACUCAGUUUCAAGAAUGCUUAAAUUAUAUUGUAUGUAAAAUAGACAAAUAUUAUUAAUUGUUUAUCAUAAAAUGUUGUAUGUAAAAUAACUUUUAUGGGUGUAUGUUCUUUGGAUGAUUAAACAUGUUUGCUUGGUUUUCUGA